AUGUGUUUCAUUGACGUAGAAACUACCACCACUUCAGCAGAUGUGAGGUAUGGAAGUGGUGAACAGGCGUACACCAAGAGGUGUGAUACUGAGCAAGUGCACACCAUCACCUGUGUGGUGGUGUUCGUGUCCCAGAGUGACCACCAGACGGUGAGGCUGCAGAGAGUGUCCCUGGAGGCAGGUGGUCGCUACAAGUGUGAGGUGUUGACGGAGGCGCCGCUCUUCCGCACUCUUGUUAAAUCUGCUGCCAUGAACGUCGUUGAGCUUCCCCGCGGGUCACCCCAGGUCACUGGAGGAGAGACAGAGUACAGGCUGGGUGACCUUGUCAACCUCACCUGCACAGCCCCAAGGUCCAUACCUCCGGCCACCCUCACCUGGUACAUUAAUGACCAACAGGCUCCGCAGGACUACCUGGCGCAGUACCCGCCCACCUCCGACAACUCUGGCAGGUUCGAGUCCCGCCUGGGGCUGCAGUUCCGGGCGGAGCGGUGGCACUUCGUGGAAGAUCACGUCAGGCUCCGCUGUACCGCCUCCAUCCAUCCCCUCUACUUGGAGGAGGUCCACCACAGCGGCGUUGUCGUCCAUCCGCUAGUACCCGCUCUUCUCGAGGACCAGACCGCAGGUGUGGCAGCAGGAGGCUCAGUCAGACAGAUGACGGUGUUGGUGGCGGCCCACACUCUGCUGCUGCUUCUGCUUGUGCUCUGAUGCGGCACCACCACCACCACCUACCUUCUCCAGCCAUCGUCGCCGGUUCCUGCUUCGCCUUCUUCAUCCUUCUCAUCCCAUCUCGUUCCUCCUUCCAAUCGCUCUCCUCUCUUGGAGUCUACAAAGACGUGUACUUUCUCCCGCGGACUUCAACAGCCUCAGUCUUUCGGCUUUUGAAACCCCGCGAUCCUCAACGGCUUCUGGUCUUCUGCUUCGAAAUCUCUUGAAGGAACUGAAUAAGUGGAAGACUCUACAUAAGUUACAUAAAAUGCCUGAUUAAUAUAGAGUUUGGGAAGAGCCAAUCAAGAUGGUUUUUAGACGUUUGUGUGUAACGAGUGGUCAGUAGUAUGCGGUAUGGCUUGGGGAGGGUUCCUUAACUUGAUCCACUGGUAGUAGAUGUGCUUGUUUUGUGAUGGUGGUAGUGGUGAUGGUAGCUGAGGUGGUAGUGGUGGCGGUUGUGUUGUUAAUGGUGGUAGGGAUAGUGGUAGCUGUGACGGUGUUUCUGUGAUGCUAAAGACAAUGAUAAUGGCGAUAGGGUAAUGGUGGUGGACGUGGUUGCUGUGAUGAUUAUGGUAGCGAUAGCGAUAAGAAUGGUGGCGUCUGUGGUAGCGUUGUUGUAAAGGUGGUUGUGGUAAGAGUAGUGAUGACUGACGUAGAUGAAGAAACAUAUGUACAGUUCAUGGCAUUUGUUGAGGAAACGUUUAGCCACAAGUGGUUUCUUAAGUCCCAAUACAAAGAACGAACGAAGGAACUCUCAGGUAAGAAGAGAGCGGGGAAGUGUCUUCAGUCGUGGAAACAGAGCCAAGGGUCAGAUGAACGCUUGACGAUGAAAAGUAUAAGCAUUCAGGAGACAGCUGGUAGGCGCAGUUUAUGAGUUUAUUGUCUAGUUUGAAACGACCCAUUCUUAUAACUUUUAAACACUUUUUUAAUUAGGCACGUGAGUUGUGCAUAGUUGUCGAAGUCAUCGAUGAAUUGUUGCACAAAAUCUUAGAUUUGUCGUGAUGAGAAGUUGUAUGGGGCAACGGAGGUGUGGAGUUCUCUGGCGAAUAUGGUGUUCUUGUUGAAAAGUGUAGUGAAGAAUCGCAAGAUUUUCCAGGUGAGGCCUGGGAUAUGAUCUGGUGGAGUUGCAAUAGAUGUGGAGGCGGUGGCAGUCUGGGAAGGCGGAGUAGCUUGGGCGGCUGGUUGAUCAGGAGUGGAUUUAGCGGCUGGUAGAUCAUAAGUGGAUUGCGCGGCUGUGAUUGGAGGAUCUGAUGGGGUGAUGAUGCUUUCUACACUGGACUGGACUCUUAUAUUAAAGUAUACAGAAAACUUACGAGAAUGACUUGCUUCCUUUAUACUCCCAUCACAAUAACAGAACUAAAAUAGGUGUUAUGAUAGAAUUAUCUCCAAUGGCGUACAAGAUUUACAGCCCAAAGUUACUCGAUGAAGAAUGUGAAUUCAUAGCACAAGCUUUCAAACUACUGAACCUCCCUCUUGACUUCAUUGCCGACUGCAGAAAACAUGUAUCACACAUUCCAAACAGGAACAACGUGGACUAUACAGAGGAAACACUUGCUCAGUAUACUGCUAACAAUGAAAGGGAGUCAGUUUGAAAUACCUACUAACUCUUCGACUACUGACAACACACCCACCACCGCGGGAGUCUACGCCAAACCUUGUGAAAGGUGUGAUAAGAAAUAUGUGAGCUAAACUAAACAGCAAGAUCUCUGCAAGUAAGAAAAAUGUCUAUGAUCAAGACAUCAAGGUCACCUCAUGAAAUUCGGAGAAGAUAACCUGGAUUAUACGUGAACAUGACCUACGCCGUCGACGUUGCCUAGGGGCUACCAUGAUAGCAGUAACCAGCACCAUCCCACAAAACUCUGGUUUCUAUAAGCAUUACCAGUCUUAGCAAACUGUUCACUACUCAACCUGGACACUGGCAUUAGAUGACACCGGCCAUCAACGUCACGCUGCACCAGGGAAUUCUUUAGUAUGUUACUCCACUGCUGACAGGUUUUCAAACCCUACCCAUCACUCCUGUACUACUACUCCCUCUGUUACCUCAACACUCUCACUACUAUAUAUUGUCGUUCCUUAGUUGUCUCUGUAUUCAGACUGAAGAAAUCACUUGUGGUGAAACGUUUUCUUAAAAAAUGCCUUAAACUGUUGAUAUCACUUUACCUUUCCAAUCAUGUAGGUGAUGAUGAUAUGGGUGGUGAUGUUGGAAGUGAAAGUAAUGAUGGUGGUGGUCAUAGUAGUCAUGGUUAUGAUGAUGAUUUUGGUGUUGGUGGUAAAGAUAAUGGUAAUGCCUAUGGCAAUUGUGGUAAUGCACGUGAUGGUAGUGACAUUGGUGAUGAUGAUGGUGAUGUGAUAAUAGCUGAAUUGGUGAUGAUAGUGAUAGCGAUUAUGAUGCAGGUGAUGUUAGUAAUGGUGGUGAUAAGUGGUGACGGUAGCGAUCAAGGUGGUCAUGUUGUUGGUGAUACUGAUGGUGGUAGUGUUAAUGAAGAUGAUGGUGAUGGGGAUGAUGAUGAUUCUAUAUGGUCGUCUUGACUACACUUUCUUUAUUUUAAUUGCUUAUGUUUUGUUUAGUUACUGGGACGUUGACUCCUUAUACAAGGUAGCGUCUCUAUAUGUUAUGAUCACACUCCCUCUCACUUACAUGGACAUUUUCCUUUAUUCAUGGUAAACUUCGUGUACGUGAUAUUUGCAUCUUCCUUAUAUAAACAUUGGUACAAUUACCGACAAUAAUACGUGAACAGCUAAUAAGAGAUUUAUUGUGGCUACGUUUCGUUCUCUAGGGGCGAAACGCAGCUAAAAUAAAUGUUUCAUUAGUUGCUCGUGUCUUUUACAUCUUCCUUCAGCAGCAUCUGGGUUCAUGGCUCGAGUCACUCACACUAAGAAACCUUCAUUUUCUUCAACCUGCUGAAGUAUCUUAUGGGAAUUAUCCUCCGAGUUAUUUUAAGUUAACAGAAUUUUUGUAUAAAUACCAAACAGCUUUCUUCCAUCAUAUUUUUGUUUGUCCUCUCGUCAAAAGAAGAGUGGUAUAAAGAAGAUGGGGGGGGGGGAUGAAUGGAGGUUUCGUUGUCGGUCGAUAUGUUGCGUUGGGCGCCGUCUGUGUGAGAUGACAAAGGUCCUCCCGCUUACAGUUCAUUGACUUCCUAUAGUGGCCGCUUCUGUCUCCCGUCGUUCGCAAUCUCAGCAAAAAGCUUCAGUGGCCUCCCAUGGGAGAUCAUCUAAGCGCUGCGUUUGUCUGUCGUCUGCUGUUUCUGGUCGCCAUGUCCUUCAUGACGUCACAAUCGAGCUUAAGAGUCCUGUAGGUUAUUUUACUUGUGAAACACAAUGUUUGUUUUAUGUCCCGAUCUACUGGUGUUAUAGUUGAGGUGUUUUCAUAACACAGGAACGUGUAGAUAGUCCUAUAAUUCUUCCAGUCCAGCUUGAAAAUGAUUUUCUCGUUGGAGUUCCCAGUCGUGUUUGGAGGUGUAAGCAACCAGUUGGUGUUUACUUUCCGUGCGGAGAUAUGGAACUCUCCCAUACGCCCACGGUCACUGUUACCAUUGUGGCUUCCAGAAAAACCCAGUCUCCAUUUCACUGAAGAGUCACAGCUCUUUGGAGCAGCCUCGGUGAAGUCCCUGUUUAUGUAUAUAAUAGAAAUAUAUUGUUGAAAAAAACAUUAACGAAUGCUUAGGAGACCAGAACUUUUUUCGUUACAUUGCGAUAUUUCGUCAAUACGACUACUGGGCAGAAACUGACGUCAUGGCUACUUCAAGUGACUUGACCUCAGUCAGCAUUAAUGAAAUAUAUGUUAACUUGGAUUUAAGUUAUCGACUUGAAAUUAAAUUGCCUUUGAGAUAAAGUGAUGCUUAAUAUUUGUGUAGUGAGAAUUGUCUCCUGAAUUCACUAUAUUAAAUUGUCAAAUUUGAGGAUUUCUUUGUAAUUAUUAAAAUUAAUAUUGUGGCCGCAGUUAUGUAGAAGACAGAACACAGCGCUGCUAUCUUCUUUUGUUUUUAUAUUGACGCUUAAUAAUACUUCCAUCUGUUUUAUUUUAUUAGGACAUAACUCGCAAGGAAAAAAUAUUCACUUUGUCAAAAAAUUCUCACAAAUGUAUUAGAGAGUAACAACAUUAAAUGAUGAAUAACAAAGCUAGACGAGUCACAUGUGUUUAUUAUCUUCCUUGCAAAUGUCUUGAUCACUUUUUUACACAUGUAAAAACAGAUGGAAUUUGUAAAAGUGUGCAUGCGAACACAAAUGACGUGUUACAAUAACCAAUAAAAAGCAGUUGGAAACAAAUUUCUUAUGUUUUCCUGCAAAAUGACAGCAGUUUUGUUAGGUCAUAUAUGUGAAAUACAGCCACAAUGUAAACUUUGACACUUGCAAACUAAUCAUUAAAUUUCACGAUUAAAGAAGACGAAUUGUGGAAUCUGACCUAACUGCAUCACCUCAAACCUUCACUUUGUUCAAAGAGCAUUUUCAACAAGAUAAUUAAUCGCCGAGGUGACAGAGAGUUUCGCCAAAAGAGCUCAGGUCACGUUAAAGCCGCGAUCGGGUCACUCUACGCAGAACAACCUCGAUGACGGAGUUACUUGACGUAACAAAAAUGUUCUGGUCUUAUAAGUCAAUAACUAUAGAUUAUCAUCAUUGUGGU